AAAAUCAUCAUUCUUCGAUGACCUGCUACAAAACAUAAUUCCAAUACUCAUCAGUUGUAUACAUAGCCCGAAAUGGCGCGGCAAGAGAUCGUCAUAAAGCUGUAUUCACCGCACUGUGAUAAGUGCAGGGCCAAAGCUAUACAGAUUGCUGCCACAGCCAAUGAUAAGCUUAUGCUUCUCAUGGGAGAUGUGAGUUUUGAUUUUCGAAAAGAAGAGACCAUCGUAUUAGAUUGUAUAAAUGGAAUAAAUUUAAAGGAAAAAUCGUCAUCAAAAGAUGAUACAAUUAGGGCAAAAAACCCUCAAGUGGUGAAGAUCAUCAACCUUGUAGGAGCAGAAGAAAAACGAGUAUGGAAAGAGAAGAAGAUAAUGCGAGCAAGGAAAGAGCAGAAGAUAAUGCACUACAGCAGCAACCACGACAUACUGUUGGUUGGAGAAGGUGACUUCUCCUUCGCAGCCUGCUUAGCUCGAGCUUUCGGUUCUGCUCCUCACAUUGUCGCCACUUCCCUAGAUUCCCGAGUGAGCUUGGAGCGGAAGUAUUCGAGAGCCAGCAUAAACUUAAAAGAGCUUGAGGAUCGGGGAUGUACGGUUCUGCAUGGAGUGAACGCCCACACAAUGAGCAAACACCCGAGCCUCAUACUUAAGUCUUUCGACUGUAUCGUAUUUAACUUCCCCCGCGCAGGUUUCUUCUACAAAGAGCAUGACCUUCAACAGAUUAAGAUUCACCAGAAACUCGUUAAAGGGUUCCUCAAGAGUGCAAGUUCGAUGCUGAGUUACAAUGGGCAAGUUCAUAUUACCCACAAGACGGCAUAUCCUUUCAGCGCAUGGGACAUAGUCGGUCUGGCCAAGGAAGUUGGGUUGUACUUGCUCGAUGAAGACGAGUUUAUGCCCUUGAGGUACCCGGGGUAUGUCAAUAAGAGAGGAGAUGGGCAUCACUGCGACAAAAGUUUUCCCAUUGGGUCGUGCAGUACAUAUAAGUUCACCAAACUUAGACGGGGUCUUCUAAUCAGUUAGUAGUGACUAGUGACUUAUAAUCAGGCGCAUGGCUUCCAUUGUAAUGAUCACCGGCACAAUUGGCAUAUUAGUCUUUUGCAAGUCAAUUUCUACGUUAUUCCUAGAAUGAAGUAUAUAUAUAUAUAUAUAUAUAUAUACACAAUUAAUAAAAAAUAAAAUUAAUAACUAAUAAAAGAA